CGAACAGACCCCAAGACGGGCAUGGCGCUGUCGCGGAUUCCUGCCGCAAUCAUGCUGAUGGCUUGCACUGGCCCAGCCACGCCCGGUCAACGCCGUCACUCCCCCGCCCGUUGAAUCCUUCUGAGCGAUCGCUACCGACUUCUCCCUCCCUCUGGCUGCGAAUGGGAGCUGUGGGGGGCAUGUGUCAACACGCAGCAGACACGACAGACACUACCGAGUACAGACACCGCAGACGCCGCAGACACCAGCACCGCCGGCAUUGUCAGUCCCUGCAGCUGGCUCUCUUCCUCCGGCCCCCCCGGUACGAAUGGUCUCCCUCCUCGUAUUCCCCCUCGGCACCCCAUCAGCUGAACCGACCUCGAUCACCGAAAGUCAUGCUGUUUCUCUUUACAGUCUCGUGGUAACCCUGAUUCUUCGCCCAGCGGCUUCAACUGGUUAUAUGACGCCCUGAGAGCACGCAACCCAGCACCCAAAGCUGCCGAGUCCACCACAAACAGCGCCCUGGGGCGCCCAAGGCGCGAACGGCAGACCAAUGCCUGUUGAUCUCGCGCUUCGCUGACUGCUCCCGACGAGCGAACACCUCGAUGGCUUAAGCCGCGUGAGUCGACCAUGUCGAAAAGACCAUGUCCGAAUACAACCAGACCUUCUCCGCCCACCAGCUACGAGCCAUUGACAUUGCUGCCCGGGUCUCCUCAUGUCUGUCCAUCUCUGGCUCGUCCUUUACCAUCAUCAGCUUCCUCAGCUACCCGCCGCUGCGGAAGCCCGUGAACCGUCUUGCCUUUUCCAUCGCCGUCGCCAAUGUCUUUGCAUGUUCGGCGUAUAGCUGGGGGAUUCAUCCCAUCAACGCGGGCCGGGAGUCGGCGUGGUGUCAAACCCAGGCGUUCUUCAUCAAUUGGUUUGUGAUGACGGAUCCGUUACUUGUUAUGAUUAUGGCGUUCAAUGUCCUUCUGACCGUCCGCACCAAACGAAAUGCGACGGAGCUCAAACGGGUCGACGUGUAUGCGAUAGUGUCGGCCUUUGUUCUCCCGUUCAUCCCGGCCUUGGUGUUUUUGUGCUGGAAGCCCGAUGGCAAGACCGUCUACGGGCCGGCGACCAUGUGGUGCUGGAUCGCCAAAGAAUCGCAGAUCCUGCGGCUGGUGGCCUUUUACGUGCCGAUUUGGUGCUUCAUCCUGGUCGCCAUAUUCCUCUUCGCCCUGAGCGGCAAGCAGAUCCUCCUGGUCCGGCGCAAGGUCAAAUCCGCCAAAGCCGAAUGUGCUCUGCACAGGGACGACGACCCCGUGCCGGAGGGCAACCCGCCUCAACGAGACCGCCGCUUUUCGUCCUUCGCCCGCGCCUUUAUGUCUGCCGCUACCCCCACCACGACGAGAGAGUCAGAUAGAUCUAAUGCGUACUGCAACAACAACAACACCAGCUCCCCAGGGCCAGGUCCAGAGCCGGAGCCGUCGUCGCCCGAGUUCAAGGGCUUCGAGCCGCUCGCGCCCAUCUACUCGCGCGAAGUGCUGGACCUGGAGUCCCAGUCCGCGCGCCCGUCGUCGCACUCGCACGAGUCGUCCAUCUUCGCGACCCCGGGCUCGCCCACCGUCACCCUGGACCGCUCGGGCUCCGACCAGACGAUGCUGCGCGGGGCCCCGGCGGACCCUUUCCCGCCGCGCAAGGCGUCGUCGCGCUUCGACCGGAUCCACUGGAAAUACGCCAAGUUUGCAUUCCUGUGCACGAUCGUGCUGUUUAUUACCUGGGUCCCCAUCAGCGUCAACCGGGUGUACAACAACUUCAUCUCCCCGACCCACCAGAUCUACGGUCUGUACCUGACCUCGGCCGCGUGCAUCCCGCUGCACGGCUUCGGCAACUUUGUCAUCUACACCACCACCAGCUGGGCCGAGUGCAAGGGCUUCCUGACCUGCGCGGGCCACCGCACCUCCAGACGGAGUUCGCGGCGCGGGUCGUCGGUGGUGGUUGUUGCCGCCGGGGGUGCUGCUGGCACGGCUGCGGUGGGAAUAGGGGGAGGAGCAGCAGCAGCAGCAGCAGAAGAUCGAGACCGGGGUCGAGAUCGAGAUCGACAUCAGGACUGGAAGAAUAUAUAUAAAAGGGCCGGGAGGAUACGGAUUGCGAGGAACGGGGUGCUCAAGGGCUGGGCGCAGCGGUGAAGGGCGAUGUGGGCGAGACGGCCCUCCCAGAGCUGAAUGCUGAUUCUCAUUCGCGUUCUAGUUCUCAUCCUCACUUGAGAUUAUUAUGGAUGGAUGGAUGCAUCAUUUAAAGGGGAAUAUGAAAAGUAGAAACAAAUUAAAAAGGCCGGUUCCGGCUUGUGAAGGCAAG